AUGCCGAUUUCGAAGCGAGAUAAAAAAGGUUCGACACUUUCUGUUGCCUAUCAUCCUCUCAGUUUCUCUGACUAAGGUGACAAAGAAGACUGGUAAAAAGUCUGAAUUUGUUGAAAGGGUACGUUUUUAACCGAUUCCAUUACUAGUCUGCUGCGCAGUUUAAUUUUUUUGCCACAUAUGUUGCCAAGACAGGCAUUCCAUACUUGAUGUCUAUUUUUUCUUUAUCCUUGUCGAAUUUAAUCUAAAGCUACCUUGAAGAGAGACUUGGCCGUUAUCUAAGCUAUGAUCUGCGUCCAUGGGCCCACGAAGGGGAAAAUAUUUCCCCUGGUUCCUCACCCGAUUUGUUAUAUGACUUCUCCAAGCACACGCAUAAAUUAGGUCCAUGCUUCAUGGGCAGCUUCCUACGGCUAGGUCUACACGCUCUUAUCCUUGUGGCAUAGAGAGUCUGUGUUUUUGGCGGACUUGGUUCCGCGAUUUCAACCUCAUGCCAGCUGGCGUCUGGACCCCGAAAUGUACGUAGCCUGUUAUUCUCGGUCUCUUUACGCCUAAAGAAGUCGUUGAUCGUUAUACAACGAAGUGGCUGAGAGUGGCUGGUCAGGUCAUUUGUAGGCGUGGCAGUGAACUGCCUGGACGCCAGUUAAAGUCCCGCAAAACUGCCUUUUUAAACGCAAAGCUAUGCCCUGGGAAUGAGCCUCAGCGCUUAUGCGCGAUUUAAGUAUCUGGGUGUGCACUUGCGAAACCGUUUUCGCUGAUGGGACUUAUCUACCUUCCUGUAUGGCGACGUCCAUGAUUUUCUUCUAUAUUGCACUUGCUUACAAUGGGCCCUUUGACCAUCAACUUCAUUGAUUGGAGAAUCUCAACCAUUCUGCUACCAGAUUGCUGUCAAACGGACAGAGUGGAGAUGACUUCGCUAGCCAAAUUAGCGCCGCUUUCGAUGGUUUUUUAUGAAUCUGUCGCAGUACUUUGAUUUCCACACAGGUCUGUGUGAUAAUCAUGAUCUGGUCAGUCUCUCCCUUCGGUGGUAAACUCACAGCUUGCAUGGGAAAGCAAGAGCAAGCUAGGGGUCCUUGAUUACCUCUACUGGGAUACUUAUCUUCAGGCGAAGUGUGUGAACUCCAAUUAAAGGACUUACACUCGGUGAUAGUGGUUCGAUAACGUCUCAGUUCAUCAAAGAGAGGCCUGCUACUUUGUUUGGACGGAUUUGCCGUCACCAAUUCAGUGAGCCUAUUUCAGUCUCCCUAAAUUCAAUAGUCCCUCAUCGAAGGUGAUGUAGAGGUGAUCACCUUGAUGUCGAAGAUUUUGUUCUCCGAAAUCUUUGACGUCCUAUCUCCACUUUUAAAGAAAAGAAUGGGUUAGGAUCACCGGUUCCAAAGCCAGUGGAUUGUCGCGCGUGCAAGAACAUCAUUGAUUCUGACUACCUCAUGCGUACCUUGGUCUUAUGUAAUGCCCGCAAAUUGACCCAUUUUCGGCAUUCCCAUAUCUACGCUUAAAUACCUUCCCGAUCUAGCGUUGCCACUCACGCGUUGAGCCAAGAUGACCUACCUGGGCUGAUUACGUAAUUUCAGAGGAAUUUUCCGCCAGUGUUUUUUUGCAAUGAUUUCUAAGCAAGUUUAAGUAGUGUCCGCUAUGCUAUUGGAGCACUACGGCUGAUAACCAGUGGGAGUCCCUCCAGACCGUUCUUUUUCAGGCACAGCUAGGUUUUACAGCAGGUUUUCUCCUGUCUUUCUAAGAGCCCGGAAACCAGUGUGUUGCUGUUGUUUAGGAUUUACUUCGUUUUUGCACCACAGCGAUCCAACAGGAUUUCUCCCUUUGUUACCGUUUAAGAACAAGGUUGACAAUGACCCUAUUCAACUUACUUUGAACGUAAGGCAGUAAGAAAAUCAAGGACCUUACUCACAUGCAUCUGAUUUGGGAAGAUAUUUUUGGAAUUAGCGCCUAUCCGCAUCAAUUAAUUUAGUUUUUUAUUCUGACAAUAUCCCACCACAAAUUCCCAGAUUUUCUUUACUAUUUAUUGCAGCUGUCGCGACUAGUUCAGGAAAUUUCUUGCGAUCGUUACCCCGCUCACAUAGUGUUAAUUACAGGAUAGGACGGUCAGUUCCUUUCACUGAAGUCAGAUAAUCUAUCCCAGGUGGCUAUGCACACACUGGACACUGGACAUAAAUUUGCAUGGGAGAACACUCGCGUUGUUGGUGCCUAUCCAAUAAGGAAAGGCCGCGAAUUCCUGGAGGCAGUGCACUCUGAUGAGGCAUGCAUCAAUCGGCGUAUCGAUUUAGAUGCCACAUACAAAUUUCCCAAGGACAAAUGGAGGCGAGGGCAGGCAAUGCCGAGGGGAUGACGAAGAACCAUUGACACGCAUUGGCGGUCUUCGGCCAACCAUAGAAUCAUUCGUUCGACACGGUUAAUUUGUUAACUUUUAGUACAUAGCCCAAAAGUCUGACGACGAGCUGGAGGACCAGACUCGAGAAUUUACGCAUUAAAGGUUAUUUUCUUCCCAAAGGAUCUUACUCAUUUUCAAUAUAUAUAAUAAUAUAAUAUAUAUAGUCAGACGUGUAGAAAGCGUAAAAAACGGCCAAAACUUUAAUUUGCCUGACAGAUUGUUAUUGCUUUUUCAGUGCUGCGACUGGGUCAAUGCUGUGGGCUGACGCCACGUCUCGAUUGGCUGUCACCUUUUCCAUUUUUCUUUGAAAUUUGUGUACACGGCGUCGAGAUCGUUGCGCCGAUUGAUGCUUGAAUCAUCGGAGUAAAUGGCCUCUAGAAAUUCUCGGCCCUAUAUGGGCAGGGGCCGACAAUGCGCGUUUUAUCCCGAGAAAAUUUGUGCCCAGUUUCUAGAGUAUGCAUGGCAACUUGGGAUAAGUGGUCUCGCCUCUUUACUGCCAAUUGGUGUUUAUGUAGGCGUGUAAAGGCGGAUUUCGCGACCUGACCGCAAUAUACCGCAUUACAGGUGCCACAUGGGAUCCUUUAGACGACUUCUUUUUUUAUCCAAAUAGCCAACCCUACCCUUAGGGUGUACAAGCUGAUUGCGUAGCGUAGUCGUCAGUUUGUGCGCCACUUGUAUUUGGUGUUUCUACAGGUGUCUUUCAACGAGUUCAGAUACAUUUUUAAAGUGAGGAAGCGUUCGCAAAUUUCUUUAGUCUAGGCGCCAGAUCGGAACAGUCUAGUUCCUUAUCUUGUUUCUUUGAUUCCUGCUGUUUUAUGUCUUGGCGUACAAAAUCUCUAGGGUAGCCAUUUUAUGUAUAUUUAUGUAUGCUCAGCAUCUAGAUACAAAACUAUUUCCGUUGCCUUCAUCAUACUAUCGAUCUUCCCCGACCAAUUGUUUAAUUUGGUCACUACUGGCCGCAACUACCUGCGAUGGUUAGUGGUGUAUCCAUUCACAAGCCAGGAUUGUAGUGUUUGUCUACAAUUCUUUGGUGCCGCUUUUUACUACACUAAUGCUUGCUUUCUGUGUUUUGUCGUUAGGACAUAUUUUGGGGGCGUCGUCUUUCAGGCCUUUGUACAACUUAUUGCGGACUCUUUCCAAGGAUUCGGGGGUUCCUUUGAUAAUUUUCACUUUGCAAGCUUUGUCGGAUCAACUUGCCCUAGCUCUAUACCCUCGUUUUGUUUCUGUUUACUAGGUCCGUGGUCUCGUCGAUAAAUAUAAGUAUGUUUAUGUCAUCAGUUUCGACAACCCCCGAAAUACGCGCCUCUCAGAACUCCGACAAGAACUCAAUGAUAGUAUCCUCCUUUUUGGUAAGAACAAACUGGUAAUGGUGGCGUUUGGUCUUGACAAUAAGACACAAUGGAAACCUGGGCUUCGCCAGCUAAGCAAGUACGUCAAAGGCCAGUGUGCCCUCCUCUUCUCCAACAAGGAAGUCGACGAACUUCGUGACACGUUCAACCAAUUUCGUAGCCAGGACUACGCCAGGCCGGGGAGCAUUGCCGCUCAGACGGUACGCACUUCUUCAUUUUUCCUUUGACAGAAAGCCUCUCAGUCACGUCUGUUUACUUUUGUGGAAGCAGCUACCGGAAAGCACGAGGGAAUGUGGGCGUUGAAAUGCGACCGCAAAAGAGCGUGUAGAAGUUCAAAACAGAUCGCCCAUAUUUUAUCUCGUUGCCAGAAGCAAAUGAACGGCACUCCCACGUGUCUUUGAAUGUCUCCAACCACAGCUGACUACCCGAUCCCGUGGGUUUACUAGCCAACUGUAUUCAGGUUAAAAUUUCGCCUCUCCACGACCUGGAGAUGGAUAGUGUCAAAUAGUGUUUGCAGAAAGCGAUAAGUGGUCAUCUCAGUUUUCCCUAACUUGUCGGAGACACUUCUGGAUCGCCACUUAGCCCUUCACACAGAUGCCCAACAUCGGCACACUGUCAAGUAGGUAAAAAGGGGAGGAACUUUUCGUCAACACAGACUAUGUUAAACUCCCUCUGGCUUCAUCUAGGACUUAUAAUGAUUUUGUAAGCGAUUAGGUGGGCCUGGGUUUUACCUUUGAGUAGUCCAUUUCAAAUGUUACUUUUCGCAGCUGUUGGGAACCAUGUGCUGCGAUGCAUGUGCAGCCAUUUAAAAAAAACUAUGAGACAGUUUUUAUCUAGCAAGAUUGUAUGCGUACAUGUUUUCAUAUUCUUACCUUCAUUAGCCAUAUUUUAUGCAGGCUUGCAUAGUUUGGUAGAUUGUGCCAAGCGUGGCAUGCUAAAUAAAUAGUUCAAAGUAGGCGACCAGAUACCGUUUUCUGUCUUUGCAUAGGGCCACCAACUCCUGCUUAUAGAGGCGGCGGAGUGUUUGGCAUGAUAUUCAAAAGUCCUCUGAGACGACUGUCGCCCACUCCGACGUUUCACCGAAAUCUCUGAGUGUUGAAAACUCCGUUUGCAUAGUAAUUCUGCGUUAUCACCCCGCUGCCUUUUACAGCUCGCUGAUUCGGACAAAAUUCCAAAAGCUGCCUCAGGUCAGCGGUUUCGACCGAACGGUAGUCUGUGACACACCCUCAUGCGGUGGGGCCUCGAUGCACUCGGCAUUGUGCUGACGAGCCUCUCCUGCCAAAGGGAAUCGAAAUGUUCUGUUUUCCCGUUGGUCUUGAUGCUCUACUCAACAAUGUUCUGCACAACUCCGUGAAGUAGAACCAUCUUAUUUGCUUCCUGUGAAAUUGAUCAUGCAGUUGCGCCCUCCCGCCAUGAUGUUUGAUUUACGUAUGUCGAUUGCGAAUCUAUCACGGCACGACUGACGAACUGGUUCAAAAAUCCAGACCAAUGCCCGUAAAUUACACCUUUCCUGUCCCUACUUUGCUCGCGCAUUCAGGUAUGCAUUGUCUCAGUUAGGGGCUUAAGAGGUGUCAUGGGCCGGAGAUUUAGCGCGCAGUGGUAUUGUCACCCAAGGUUUAUUUAUGCACGUGAGUGGCAUUUCCAAACUUCUGGAUUUCCAGUUUCAAAAUGCGCACUUCUCGGCUUGAUGGAUGCUCCUACACCACCACUCCAUGGCACAGCUCUCACCUUUGGCUCCACACUAUGUCCCUGCACGUCGGUCAUAUCUAGUCAACCGUCAUUAAUCGAAAGCUGUGCGCGUGUGCCUCCACACACUGUGGAUCUCGUAAAACUCGUCAAUUCCUUAAAACAAGUCUCGCUUUAGAGGCGACAUUUAAAUCCCAUAGGCGGUCCAGGCUAAUUCGUGUCAUUUUCUCCCUACACCACCAACGCGCUAUAGUGGAAUUUCGGCAAUUUUCUGGGAUGACUAAACAGCUUUAUUCAGGAACGCACUGCUUACCCCCUCAUGAGGAAGGGACUGGAGAGUAUAACCUCGAAGAAUGCCUGUUCGUGCCGUCAACACGGGUGUCGCGGUUGCUAAACUAUCGAAACAAGGCAAGUGGAAAUAAUGACCGUCUUCGUUGUCAUGUUUCUAUAGCUGAGUGAUUUUGCUUAUUUUGCCGGCUUAAGCAAUAGAAUUGUCAAAUUAGCCGACCGCAGAACAGCUCUGUCAGCCCAUAUAAUGGCUCGAUACAAGAUGGACUUUGCGGUUGUCUUCAAAGGCUGCUUCUCUGAACAAGGUUUAAUAAAAAAGUGGGUGUGAGUUGCAUCUCGAGUGGAAGUCCAAAGACAGGACGAUGGGACGCUGGAGUCGCCUUCACCAAAAACCUGCAUUCGGAAACAGUUACUCUGCCUUCCUGGGAAUCAACGCUCGUCGCAUGACGACGAGGCUCCCACUCCGCCGAGAGAAGUUCGCCACAAUUAUGUGCCGAAGUCCCUCAAAUGACAGACCAUGAAGAUAUGGAGGACGAGGAUCUAGGCGCUUGAGUCGUCACAGACCACGCUACGUAGGACUGAUAGGUCACCACAGAGUAAAUAACUAAGGCGGCACCGGGCUGUUGUUACAGACAUGAACAGGACAUCACCAACACCUCCCGAUUUCCAAACUGAGGAAAGGCAACAUGGAUGCACGCUUACUCGUCUCGCUUCUGACUGCGACGCGUCAAGAAGCGAGGUCAGCGUAACGUACUCGUGGUGCCGAAUGCCAAACAGUUCUACUGCCUUGUCGUCUUGAAGAUCAGACUGCAAGUCUUAAUGUAGUAAUGCAUCAAAGGAGUGAUAUUAGGUACUUCCGAAUUUAGACUGGAUCUCCAGCAACGAACUGAAGAUAAACAUGGAACAGUCUCAGACCCUAUCGGCGAACGACUUUCAGAACAGAUAAAGGAAACUUAAAUACGACAUCCAUACCACUGCCUUGCAUAAACAUUUGCGGGGAACUCCAGCGUCCCCUGUCCUAGAAAAACGGGCUACAUCAAACCUAUAUGACAGUUGAUGCGAAGUCUGGGGCAGCAGAGGCUGAAAAAGAUGCAAAAGGACUGACAGACUCAAGAUAGAAAUCGGAGGAACCGCAGACGGCCAGCAGAGGUCUAGUAGAAAAGCUUCUAGCAGACGUCUACAAGCGCAGUAGGCUCCGAAUUUUGAACAGAGUGACGUUGUCCAUCUACGCGUUCCAUAGCUGACCCAAGACUACUUUCGACCCCACCGACAUUCAGGAUACGAGUAGGCAGUCUUCAUCAUGGUUUUGCCGGCCAGUGCGUGAGCAAACCGGCACUUCGUCGCUCCCGUCGUAUUUUAUGCUGUUAUGCCUGCCUGACUCAUGUAUAUCAUACAUCUAGAUCUGAUUCGGUGUUUAUAUGAACAACACCCCCAAACCUCCGAAACUAUUGUACCCUCUUGUGGUUUUUAGGUUAUAUUGUCUGCCGGCUCUGUACCAAAAUUUCCGCACACUAUGGAACCUGCCUUGCGGCAACUGGGACUGCCUGUUAAACUCAUACGCGGAAUAAUCAAUCUAGAGACCGAAUAUCCCGUAUGUGAACUCGGACAGGCUCUUACACCAGAGCAGUGUCGUAUUCUGGUAAGCCGGCGUUCUUUUUACCAGUUUGCCUCCCUACCCUGCCACAAUCGUCAGAAUAAUUUGUUCGAGUUCUCACGACUCGCUGCGAUUUAGGUGAUGAACCAUUCCCAAAGUUGGAGUACUAUCCCCCAUCAAGGCAUGACAGCUCGACCGUUGAUUUCGACGAUGCCUACCGUGUGCUCCACAGCAGGGUGAGAGCAGGGACGGUGACUUGCGCGCGAACUAGUUUCUAGUGAUAGUGGACUCGCGAUGGGUCUACCGCACUCCAUCUUCCUCCCCCACAUGUGUCCGGUCUCAUGGAUAAGUAAAGAAGACCAGAGGCUCGAGAGGCCGCAGGUAGCUGGCACGGAGAAACCCACACUUAGACGUACCACCACCCCCUGGUCUGCAACAAACACUUAACCAGCCGGGGGGUGGCACCGGUCCCAAUGACGGAGACGUCAGCCUGCACAUGGGAGUGUCAUCGCACCCCAAACUUUGGCAUCUGGUAUGGGUGCACAUUCCCGAUAACGCCUGCUGGACUCCGGUCUAGCCCUGUCAGGACACAGGCAGAUGCGGGCGUGACGCCUUAAACAAUUGGUUCGGAUGUGACCUGUAAUUUUUUUAAGCGAAUCGACCGACAACCAACUUAUAAGGCUUUUAGACAACUCUGCCGCAACAACCUCCCCUUAGAGUGGUAUUUAAGCGGCUUUUGAAAAUCCGGCUUGUUUUCUUAAUUGGUAAGUCAGUUCUCGUAAUCGGCAGAUACGCCGCGUCGGACUGUUCCCAAUGUGGCCUUAUGAUGGCUCACGCCGACAUAAUAUACAAACGAGUCCUGGUUUGCAUGGGCUAAAGGACCAGCGCGUGCGUGGUAUGCGCCCAGUCGCUCUGGAUUUUUACCAUCAGCGCACCGUGGCUGGCGUAGAAAAGUCAUGUGCAGGGUGGGUCGAGCUCUCCAAAUCCGUUGUCACGGAUCAUCAGGCGCGUGAGAGGAGGUACAAUACACGACAUAAUCGAGGCCGUCUAGGUAAGGCGUGAUCACGGCUGUGCCAUUUACAAGAUCACGGUCAAACAAACUAUCGUAUAACAGCCAGGUAGGUAUACAGUCCCGCCAGAAACCAUUUCCUUCCACUACAACUACAAACUACUUUUAUCAUCUGAUUUUAGAAAUACUUCGAGGUUCAAACCUCAGAAUUCCGUGUUAAUAUAUUGGCUCGUUGGGACUCACAAAGCGAAGGAGUGACAGCACUCCAGGCCAAGGACGCCGCAAACGUUAUCACAUCACUGGUUCCAAGGGUUCGUGUGAGCUGCCAAAAGCUAGACGAUGGAGCUUUCUAUUUUGUCCCCGAACCUAUUGAGAACGAAAGUCCAUCGUAA